AUGAAUUUACUUGGUAUUGUGGAAUCUGUGAACUCAUUCACAUAUGGGGAGAAGCCAAAUGACCUUUAUAUACUCCGUUCUCACGAUGGGAAACAGCCAUUGGGGUACGUUGUCCCAGAUGUUGCCAAAGAAUUGAAUAAAUUUCCCAAUGUAUUUCAAGUUGAUGAUGACUUGGUUCAAAUAAAAAUAUCUUCAAAUCUUGACACUAUAGAAAAGAGAAACAGGGGGUUUAAAGAGGUUGCCGAUAGCUUAAAUGAAUCAGGAUUCAUCAAAGGAUGGAGAAAUGAAUUAUUUAUUAUACAUUAUCCUGCACAUGAGCCUUAUGUUUAUUUAGAAAGAGCAUUUAGUCCCUUAUUAGGAAUAGUAAUGUAUGGUAUACAUGCUAAUUGUUAUAUACCCAAGGAGCUUUCAUCAACAGGAGAGAUUCAAUUUUGGAUACCAAGGAGGUCUAAAACCAAAAGUACACACCCUGGAAUGUUGGAUAAUACCGUUGGGGGCGGAUUGGGUCAUCCAUUUGGAGUUUUCGAUACGUUGAUUAAAGAAAGUGAAGAAGAAGCAGGGCUAGAAAGAUCAUUUGUCAAGAAAAAUGCAAAAGCUGUCGGGACAGUUUCAUAUACACUCUGUGAUAAACAAUUCAAUUAUGGAUAUGAAUUAGGAUUGAUCCAACCAGAGGUUCAGUAUAUAUAUGAUAUUCCUUGUGAUGAGUCAAUAGUUCCUAAGCCAAAUGAUAACGAAGUAGAAUGCUUCCAUUUGAUGUCAUUUGAAGAAGUUUGGACCAAUCUUUUGGACGAACAGUUUAAACCAAGUUGUGCCUUAGUAAUCAUAGAUUUUUUAACAAGACACGGUUUUGUGAACAGUGAAAAUGAGCCUGAUUAUGUUGAGAUUUUGGCCAAACUACACCGCUUACCACCUUUUCCUCUGAGAUAA